AUGAAAACCCCUCUAGUGUCAGCUCACCGUGUCACUGAUAUUCGAUCCUAUCCGAAUGCGUAUUCAUUAGAGAUUGUGGACUCCUUUAAUCCGCUACUUUUAAAGCAUUUUGGAUCCGUCUAUUUUAACCUCAAUGGUGACGGGAUCUUCCAUUGUGCAGAUUACUUCAACACAGACCUUACUUGGUGGCUGACGGCCAGGGCGUUUAUCCGGGCGAGUGCUAGCUGGCGCAGAAUGUUAGUUUCACAGCCAGCGCCAUCAGCACCGUCAGCACUGGGAUACGGAUGGCAGGAAUAUGGCAACGUGAUGGUGACUAUAUCAAAAGGACACAUAGUCGAAUGCCCACACCAACUAACACUACCACUUUGCUCCAUGUAUCCUUCGCUCUACUUUCGCGCCGUCUGGGGCCGGCUGAAAGGCUCCACCACUUCUGGGUCUCAUAAAAAAUUCUGCAGGGAUCUGCUGCACGAGACAAGUGAUAUUAUACAUUUCCAGCAUGGUAGAGAUGUUGAUCACCACGAGCCCACUGAUGUGCAGGCCUAG